GCAUGCAAAGAGUGUGUAGUGAGUGAGAGACUGAUAAAAAAAGAAAGAAAAACAAUGGCUUCUAAGCAGCAGCUGCACUUUGCUCAUUUCGCUGUUUUCUUCCCCGCAUCUGCCUUGAUGUUGGCGGGGAAGGGCGCGGCGGAAUGCAACGGCCAUUCAGUUUGCUUGCCGUUCGAGAUGCCGCCGUGCGGCAACUCGGUGGACUACCGGUGCGUCCCGUGGGCGCUGUUUGGGGGGCAGUGCAUCCACCCAAACGCGAUGCCGUCGUACGCGAAGAAGAUCGAGGAGCAUCCCAACCUGUUGGGAAUAUUUUAUGGUGUUCAAUCUAGUUAGUUAUCUUUGUAUUUGUGUAGUUAUAAAUUAAACGUGUAAUACGGGC